AUGGAGCCAAAACCAGUGAGCUCAGUGCUGGAAGAUGCUAAGGAAACCCCGUUGAAUCGGUUUGGAGACGAUGCCCACCAGUCCAAAUUGACCCGGUCGAUUCUGGUGAAGCUGGAUACGCGGAUUCUCCCAAUGUUAGCCCUACUCUUUCUAUGUUCAUUUCUAGAUCGAACGAAUGUCGGAAAUGCGAAGAUUUAUGGUCUGGAGAAGGAUAUCAAUAUUACCGAUAACCAGUAUGAUAUUGGGUUGACUGUGUUUUAUCUCACUUAUGUGUGCAGUGAACUGCCGAGUAAUCUCGUUCUAAAGAAAGCCUCACCGAAAAUCUGGCUACCGUUUUUGACUGCACUAUGGGGUAUCAUCACCAUGUGUCUGGGCUUUGUACAGAAUUUCGGCCAAUUCACCGCAGUUCGGGCCUUGCUUGGCAUUGCGGAGGGUGGUUUGCUUCCAGGAAUGGUCCUUUAUCUGUCAAGCUUCUACAGGCGUGGGGAUUUGGCUUUGCGCAUUGGUCUUUUCUAUACGGCGGCUUCAUUGUCGGGAGCCUUUGGAGGUCUCCUUGCUCGUGGGUUAUCCGAAAUUGGUCCUCGGGGCGGGCUCGAGGGUUGGCGAUGGAUUAUGAUUAUUGAGGGACUUCUGACUUUCGCCUGUGGUGUACUGAGCUCCUUCGUUCUCCCCAAUAGCAUCGAGACAGCCUCCUUCUUGACUGAAGAGGAGAAGGAGUUUGGACGAGACCGCUUGCUCUUGGAUAGUCCCCCGAAGGCAGAUGGAACACUCUCCGGCGAGAAUGAUAGGUUUAGAUGGUCCGAAGUGCGCCGCGGUGUCUUGGAGCCGCAGCUGUGGCUCUCGGCAUCGGCAUAUUUCGCGAUUUUGUCUGGGCUGUACUCCUUUGGCCUGUUUUUGCCAACCAUCAUCCAAAGUAUGAACUUUGCCAAAAACGCCAACGAAGUGCAGUUGUGGUCUGUGAUUCCCUACGCAGUGGCCGCCGUUCUGACAGUCUUUGUCGCGUUCCUCUCCGACCGUCUCAAACUGCGUGGCGUAGUCAUGCUUUUCUCCCUCCCAAUCGCUAUAAUCGGAUACGCCGUGAUCGCCAAUACCAGCAACCCAAAGGUCCAGUAUGGAAUGACUUUUAUGAUGGCGACAGGCAUGUACGCAAGUGUGCCGUGCAUUUUGGUCUGGAUGUCGAACAAUUCAGCCGGUCACUAUAAGCGGGCUACGACGUCGGCGUUGCAGUUGGCUAUUGCAAAUUGUGGUGGAUUUGUUGCUACGUUUAAUUAUCCCGCUAAAGACAAGCCGCUGUAUCACCGUGGUCAUACAAUUAUUCUUGGCUUGUUGGUCUUUGCAUGGUUUAUGAUUCUUUUCAAUGUGCUCUACUGCGCCAAGGUGAAUCGCGAUAAGCGAAAUGGGAAGUAUGAUCAGUAUGCUGGAUAUGCUGAUGAUCGGAACCCGGAGUUCAAGCUUGUUCUAUAG